GUAUACAUUUUGCCCCGUGGUGCUGACAACCAGUCUGUGAGAUGCACACGUACGAUGAGGACCGCCUAAUGAAACAAACCUGGAAUAAAUUCUAUGGUAGGAAUUGAAUGAUGAAUUAUACUCGCAGAUCAUGCAGUGGUGGAAGGAUGUAUCGUCAGCGGAUGAGCUGUGUUUCUCCCUACCGCUCUACCCACCGGGUCGGCCGUUGGUCACGGCCGACGCCCUGCCUUGCUUCCCGGUGCUGGACGAGACUGUGGAACUCCUCAUGUACUUCCUUGGCUGUGCCGCAAAUCUCGUCACCGUCUCACUGAUCCUGUGGGGAGGAGCUGGCAAGCGCUCGCAACCCACAGGAGCAGAGAGCGUCCCGCGGCUCCUGGUCUUAGCCCUGUGCCUGACGGAACUGUCGUUCCUCGUCUUCGGUGAGACGGCUUGGCUGGUGAGUUUCCUGGUCGGCAAGUGGACCGGAGGCGUCCCGGCCUACCUCUACUCCAUCUUCGUAGUGGUUGCUUUGAACAGGUUCUCCAAGUGCAUCGUGGUGCUGAUGGGGAUAGAACGGUACCUUAGCAUCAAGAAGCCAUUCUUGUACGAUCAUCAAGUGACUCCCCGCCGUAUCGGAUGGGCCAUGCUUGCGAUGAUCGUGUACUCUCUGUCGUUAGCAGGGUUCUUUCUAGCCGGGGUGACCACCAGGACGUGGCAAGCCUGCCCCGGGCCGACAACGACAUCGAACCCCGCCGACUGUCCGCCCAACGACAUGGUGCCGUCUCCUAAUCCUCAACACAACACUUCCACUAAUCAAACCACCGUAGUUCUGAUGUUUUCAACUGCGGAACAUGCUUACGAGUACUUCUCGACCGUGGAAAGUGUUCUCAUGACUGGGAUUCUUAUAUCGUGCAACGUGGUGGUAAUCCGCUGCAUGCAGAAACUCAAAGCUCACUUGGAGGUCGCUUGUCCGCGGAAUCGGGCCGAGUACGUCAAGCAGGUGGAUAUGAUACGCGGGGCGCCGGCCGAUUUCUCGCGGUUGAUGGUGGCAGUUGCGGUAGUCUUUGUUAUUUGUAUACUCCCGUACGAGAUCCGUUGGAUUGCGAACCAACUGGACGCAUGGCACUCCCCCACCCUGGACUACAUAGCCGUCCGCCUUUACCUGAGCACGAGUGUGAUCAACCCCUUGAUGUACGGGAUUUUCCGGAGAAAAGUCCGCCGAAAAAUCAAGGAGAGGACGUUAAAGCUGAUCCAUCACCCCUGCUGGUGCUGCUGCUGCAAGAGGAAAAAUAGAGUGCGCCCUCAAGGCACCCAGUCGGAACAGUGGCGGCUGCCUGAGACCGUUUCUGGAUUGGUAAACUCACGCGAGACGUGAUUUUCAAAACUCCUGUACCGAUCACGAGCUCCCCGUCCUGCCAUUCCUGUCCCGUGUUGGCAACUGCAUGGGGCUGCUAAGCACAUACAACUUACUAAGCAAAUGCGACACCAUAAAAUAUAACUUCUGGUAAAGCUAGCUGUGUCUCAGCUGGAAUUUGGUUACCGGUUUUAUUAAGCGGAAAUUGCCGAGUAAGAACUGUUCACCUUCGUGUCGUUUGUGUGCCUUCGGGCGUAUGAAUAUUUUUGUAUCCAGCAAUCGGACAAUAACCAAUCAGUGCCUGAUUGGUCAGAAAUCAAACCUCGUGAGGUCACUCUGCACAAGUUUUGAAUAAUGCAUGUAAAACAAACUAUCUUGUUUUUUCUCAAUUUGGAGGGCCCCUGCGCCCAACAUCGCCUUUGAAAAGUGUAAUAUCCACUGAGCUGAAACGUCAACAAGUUUAAGGCUUUGAACACUCUUUUCUGGGUUUUCAGUGGCGUUAUUACUGGAACUGAACAAAAUGCAUCAAAAGCAAAUGAUCUUAAAAGUGCGUGUUUUCACUAUAUGCAAGACCCAUGCUAUUUUCUGACAACGGUGUCACUUCAAGCACUGUCUUAACAGUUGAAAGAUUUUCUAUAAGAAAAAAUAUCAACUGAAACGAGGAUCAAAAACAGUUUGUGCAUAACGUUUGCUAAGUAACUGGCUCACAUGUACUAUAUGUUCUCCCAGCUAUUAUAUAUCAUUUUUCAUUCAAAUUCACCAACUCUAACAUUCAAUUUUGUCCGAGAAAAAUUCACUUGCUUUGAACAAAACCAAUUUAGUCAUUUACCAUUCAAUUUCAAAGUUUGGUCACCCUCGUUAGGUCGAAAAUAUUCGUCAUUACAGAUCAAAUCGUCUAAGCUGUUGCCGAAUGGCAGCAUUCAGAAAUCGAAUUCGUCAUAUGUAUAUCAAUUAGACGAAUUUAAUUUCUGAAUCACAAGGUUCGGGGUAGACGAGACGAAAUCGAAUACUCCGUGACGAAAACCUGUGCACAUUGUUUAAAAAUGCUUGAACUUGAUUUGAAUUGUCUGACAAAAGACACAAUUUAACUUUGGAAGUGCGCUUAAUCGGUGUUGAUGGACGAAUUUGAAUAUUAGAUUCGGUGAAUUCUAAUGAUAGAAUAGCCGGGAAUACCUAUAUACACAUGAAACAUAAAAGGCAGAGGAUUGACCACAAACAUGCACCUACAGUAUUGAAUUAGCUUCUCGACAUUCCCAACAAUUUCGCUCAUGAAUAUGGAAAUUCAUAUUUGCAUUCAAGACCAAUUUGGUCAACACCCUAAGAUGUGACAAUGAGACUGAAAAUCAAUGUAUAAUUAUGGCAUUCAAGCGUGCAAUGCUAUAGGAUUCCACUUAACACAAUCAUCUAAUGUAGGCCUAUGUGCUGUUAAAGUCACAUAAUAUCAAUCCGUGCAAUACACACGAUUUAAUUGUUGUAACCCGACAAAUUUUGGUGACGGUGUGUGAAGAUACAUUGUUGUAAAUGCAUGGAGGUUGUAUAACAUAUGUCUUUGUCUGCCCUUUUUGCAGACUUGUACGAUGUCUUCUUUAUUUUUCUAAGAUGUAUUCGGUAUUGUAGUCACGAUUGAAACUUAAACAAAUAAAUGCACAAUUUUUGAAAACGUGUUUUAAUGAAUAAAGUGGGUGUAACAUAAAACAAGA